AUGGCUCGGUUCCUCUUAUUGUUCGUUUUGUUGCCUCUAAUUGUCAGCCCAGACCUGGCUGAGUUGCCAGUCUGUGGACUGUAUCAGGCCUGUGCCUCGAGGCUCAGCGUCUUUCCUUUGAAGUCGACCGACACCGUGUUCGAAGAUGACGUUUCUUCAGGCCAGGGAUCGGGUACCCACAUCAGUGAGCCCAUAUACGAUGAGUUCGUGACAGCCGUGACUCCAUUUGACUUCGAAGCCGAACCCAGAAGCACUGACACCCGGUUGUGCCGAUGUGAAGGUGAAAGUAAGUAGUCUUCGAAACAUAACAUAAACCAAGAUAUAAACACUCAAAGUAAAAAAAGUAUAAAUCGUACUAAAACUAUUCCUAUUAUUGACUCUUAACAUCACAUUUUCAAGCUAUUUUUAAGCCUAUUGUAAUACGUAGGCUUAAAAUGUAUUAGCCUAUCUAUAAAACUAACUUUAGCUGACGACGAACCUUCCUGCUCGUUUGACUCUUCCGACAAUGUACUUACAAUCGACUCUACCGUAUCCCUCUCUCUCUGUAAGCCAGUCAAAGAUACAGUGCACAGUAAAUGCUUCGGCAGACGACAUUUCGUCACCAUAAUCGGACAACUUGACGACAAUGGAGGUCUGACCAACAUAACAGAAACCCACGUCCCUUGUACCUGUGACAGCUACUCGAGAGUGGCAACUGAACCUUGGACUGAAGGCUUCGUGCUAUCGUACCGUUGUAUCCAGGACUAG